AUGAUAUUGGAGUCGGGGGUUGUACGACAAAGGCGAAAAGCUGUAAAAAAGGUUGUUGAGGAACUUGAUAUUUUUGAAAAAUUUCUGGACAAUAUCAAGGAAGAGAAGAAAUCAUCCUCGGGUUUAAGUGAGUUCUUUUUGCCUGAUCUCGAUAUCGAUAUGGUCAUAGCAACACCAUGUAAUAACCUGGCUGUGGUUAGUACCAUGGAUGAAAGUGUAGGGCUAUUUGCUCCAUUGCAACAAAGCAUCAAGAAGGACCCUACUAGAUUCGAAUUUACCGAAGAAGAGCAAAUGUACUGGACUAUACUUCGACACGCACAUUCCGCGAUGAACAACGGUGGACUUCGAGGUCUUGAGGAGUUGCAAUAUGUCGACUCCGAUGUACAAGAGAACUUAGAAAAACUUGCUAAUCAGAAGCAGAGUGAUGAAGCGGAAGCAAUUAACCAGCAACGGAAAGCGCAAGAACAAAACGGCGAAGCUGAACAGGGAAACUUCAUCUUUAUGAUUGGAAAUGGGAUGGGAAUGUUCCAGAUUGUUGCUUCUAAAGGUGAUGAUGAAGGUAUAAGAAUGUUUAAGAGUUGCCGAACUGCGUGCAGAGUUCAUGGGAAGUUUCCAGUUCGUAAAGGAAAGGAAGAAAAGAUUACAAUUUCCAUAGGGUCCUCCUUAGGGCUUGGAUUGUUUCAAGAAAUCGCACAUCUUGGGGGGAUGAAGCAGAGUGGAAACAUAUCCCAUCGCGUCGAAAAAUUCAACUUUGGGCCCAGGGUGAGAGGCCUCGUUACUCCACUUGCUGGUGCUGAACAGAUUUCACAAAGUGGUCAGGACAUCUAUCGGUACUUCAUCAAAGUUGUUCCAACUAAAAUUUAUCACGGACUCUUCGGCAGAUUUACAAUGACGUAUCAGUAUUCAGUCACAUUUCUGAAGAAGAAACUUAACGAUGGUCAACACAGUCAUGGUGGUAUUCUCUUUGAGUACGAAUUUUGUGCCAACGUAAUCGAAAUCAGAGAAACGGCUAGGUAG